CCCACCCACCCAGCCAGGAGCCCGCGCCGCCAAUCAAGCAAGGAUGUCGCUUCUCCUCGGCGGCCUCGGCGGCGGCAACGGCGACCCGCUCCCAGCCCUAAAAGACGACGCCUGGAUGUAUGCCGCCGUCGAUCUCUCGCGCCUCCCCGCCGCCGGAACCCGCGUGUGCUACUUCUCCCGCGGCCACCACGAGCAGUGGGCCGACCGCCUCGGCGCUCCGCCGGCCGCCGACCCCACCAAUCCUUACGCCUCCUGCACAAUCAUCUCCGUCGAGGUUCGCACCGUCGCUCACGCUCCGUACGCCAGCAUCAUCCUCUCCCCCGCUCCCGACGAACCCCAAGGCGGUGCGCCCGCUCCCGCCGGGGACCUGUUCCGCUACGCCUUCAAGGAGUUGACCAACUCGGAUGUCAAAGAGCCAAGAUUGAUGGUCCGCAAGGCAACUGCAUCUAUCUUCCCCGCCUUUGGCGUCAACCAGCAAGAGCAGGACCUGGUGAUGUUCGAUAUCAAGUCCAGAACCUGGAACUUCACCCACGUAUACAAAGGUGGUCGGCAGAUGCACUUCCUCCGCGGCGACUGGGCCAAUUUCGUGGCAGCAAAGAGAGCCAAGUCACGGAACCCCCUCUUUCUGCUGCGCCGGGUCGAGGAUGGUGCCUUCUUCAUUGAGCUACGUAGCUCCUUGGACACGCCCGAAGCAGAGAAAGACCGCCUCUUGGCGCCGCCGCUGGUUCUGCAGGAAGAAAUCAAUGAAGCAGCCGCAGCCGCAGCCGCAGCCGCCCCCGCUGGACAAGGGCAAUUCCAAGUGACCUACUACCCACACAAGGAAACAGGGCUUUUCGUGGUGCCGCGGUGGGAGCUGGACCGGGCUUUGGGCGUCAAUUGGGAGACCGGCAUGCAAGUGCGGGCGAGGAAGCUUCAGUUACACCCCAUCGCCGAUGAAAUCCCCCAGCCGGCAACGAGCGUGAUCACUGCUGUCCACCAGCCAAUCUCCGGAUGGCGAAGCUUGGAGGUCGUUUGGGGCCAGUCGUCCACUUCUUCGCCGACCAAUGCCUGGGAUGUCGAAGUGGUGCCUGGAGACAAUGCUCCUCCGCUCAAGAAGCAGAAGGUCGCUGCACCUGCGCCACGGUCUGGAGACCCAUCAACGACAAGCCAUGUGCAUUAGCACACAAUUUGUUAAUUCAAUUGCCUUGGAUAGUCUGCUGUGUCAAGAGAGGGGUACUGAAAGUGGAAGUGAUUUGCAUUCUUGCUAGGAUUUGCGGCUAUUUCCUCCUUUGAUUGACGCGGUUGGUUUGGUGGUACUAAUCCUGCAAGUGGCAUUUUGAUGUUGUCCUUGUUGAUGAUACACAUGUUAUCUGAAUCUGGGAUGUUUCGGAGAUGAAUCAUU